AUUACCGAAGUGCAAAACUGCUGAAGAUUGUGAUAAGAUCGCUUACAUUGUUAGAAAGACUCCUGAGAACUUCCUCAAACAAGACAUAUUUAUCUGUGCAACUUGUACGACAUCUCUGUACUCAGGUGAACACUGAGAGUUGAUCCCAGACAUUGACUCAAUUGUAGAGUGCCUAUAGAAUGCCAAAUUCAACAUCAACAGAAUCAGUGCUUUCAAAGACCAAUUCAGCCUCGAAGAACCUUGGGACGGACUCAUUGUUGUGCUGGACAAAUUUAAAGAAGACUACGACCAGUUUAGAGCAAGACUUGAGAGUAUUAGUGACCACAAUCAGUGGGAUCUACUUGGACAGUUCCAGAAGGAUGCCAGAAACUUCCUGAACCAGAUCUUUGAUUCAGACUUAAUGAAGUGUUUUACAAGACAGCUACAGUUCAGAAGCUACAAAGAUUUCAAAUUGGGAGUGUCAUUUAAAGAGAAAGAUUCUCAGGCUCAUUUAAGACUGAAAUUGGAUGAACUUCAAGCAACGAUUCAAGCCCAAAAGAUCGACCCUCUAAAAGAACAACUUCAGACUAUAUCCCAAGUCUGCCAAGAGAAAGAACAACAGGUGGAGACACUGGAACAAGAAAAAGCUCAACUCAAUCAGACUGUAGAAAGAUUGACUGAAGAAAACAAUAGAGCUUCAAACGAUAGCGAGCAAUCAACUCAACAGCUCAAUCAAAUAAUUGAGACCUUGACUCAAGAAAGAGACAACAGCAAUUUGUUGGUUGAGGAAAUGAAGCAGGAGAUAGCACAGCUGGAACAAUCUAGUGCGAAGGUUGGGUAUACUCUGAAUCAUGAUGAACUUCAGUUUUUGAAUAAUUCUUUAAAGAAUACUACUGGGACUAUAAAUGCUUCAUCUGAUUUGUGACUUUCAUUUAACAAUCCCUCUUCUAUAUCGCUUAUAAAAGCUCUUCAAUGUUACAAACUUCCUUCUCUUAGAGAAGUUUCUCUUGAUUAUGUUGAUAAGUUCAAUGAGACAGAGAUUAUCACGAGAUUUUUGGAGAAUGCACUGAGCAAAGACAUCAAAAGAUUUUACUUCCGAGGUAGAAACUCUUCCUUUAUGAAAAUAACUCCUUACAUUCCAGCCUUGAAGAAGGUUCUCGCUGUUAUUCCUGAUAAAACUAAUUUCUACAAAUUUAUGAUCUCCAAGAUUGAGCUCGAAGACUUGGUGGUGGCUGUCCAGCAUUGCAAGGAGGUCAAGUUUGAUUACUGCAAAAUAGACACUGACCAGGAGCUUGAUUUUGAAGACAGACUUGAUGCCUCCACUUUUGAGAAGAUUAAUCUUAAUGGAGUUGGAAAUGGUAAUCAUAGCAACUGGAAGGAUAAUGGCUUUAAGAAAUUUAAAAACAUUAUCAAAGGGUUUGCAAAAGUAGACCAAAUUAAGAACAGACAAGUCAAAAUCUAUCUUGGAAACUGUGAAAUAUCUAAAGAUUUAGCUGAAUCUGUUCUGCAAGAUCAUGGAUUGGGAAAUAUGAUCAUUGAAGGCUUAUAGAUGGGCAAUUUAAAAUAAAGGUCAAAUAUUUUAUGCAUAUU